GUCGUCGUCGCCGCCGCCGUCAUCUUUUCCGUCGUAUCGUCGACGAUCAAAACCCAAAACAAUCAUGGCGCCGUUUUCAAAACCAGAGACGGUGCUCAAGCAGGCCGAAGGACUCGUUUCCGUUGGCCAGAUGCAUGCAGCACUCCAGUCUCUCACUGAGAUGUUCUCUUCAAAACGAUUCCGAUCGACCCCGUUGACGUCGCUGGAGCCUAUCAUGCUGCGAUUUAUCGAGUUGUGCGUUGAGAUGCGCAAGGGGAGGACUGCAAAGGAGGGACUGAUGCAGUACAAGAACAUCGCGCAGAACACAAGCGUUGCGAGCAUCGAGACUGUUAUCACCAAGUUCGUGCAGCUUGCGGACGAUAAAGUGAGGGAGGCGCAGGAGAAGGCUGCGGUGCAGCAUAGUGCGCUUGAUGUGGAUGAUUUGGAGGCUAGCGAGACGCCUGAGAGUAUCCUCCUUGGUGCUGUUAGUGGCGAUCAGAGCAAGGAUAGGACGGAUCGUGCUGUUGUCACGCCCUGGCUCAAGUUUUUGUGGGAGAGUUAUAGGACUUCGUUGGAGACGUUGAAGAAUAAUGCGAGAUUGGAGACUAUCUACCAGCAAAUCGCGCAACAAGCCUUCAAGUUUUGCUUGAAGUAUGAGCGUAAAGUCGAGUUUAGACGCUUGUGCGAGACUCUCCGCCUCCAUCUCGCGAAUGUGGCCAAGUACUCGCACCAGCAGCACUCGAUUAACCUUUCGGACCCGGAUACGCUGCAGAACCACCUCGACACCCGCUUCGCCCAGCUCAACACUUCCGUCGAGCUCGAGUUGUGGCAGGAAGCCUUCCGUUCGGUCGAGGACGUGCACAACCUUUUGACAUUGGCCAAGAAGGCACCCCGUCCAGCUAUGAUGGCCAACUACUACGAAAAGCUCACCAAGAUCUUCUUGAUGAGCGGGAACGCUCUGUUCCAUGCUGCGGCCUGGGGACGGUAUUAUGCUAUCGUCACCAGCAUUGGUGGCAAGAGCGAGGAGGAGAUGAGCAGGUUGGCGGGUCAGGUGCUGGUUAGCGCCCUCGCUGUGCCUGUCGGUGCCAACGCGGAGCCGGAGGAGCUCAAGGGCAAGAAUGCGAGGUUGACGGCGCUGCUUGGGUUGAACAAGAUGCCAUCGAGGGCAAGGUUGCUUCAGGAUGCUCUCGCCCGGGACGUCCUCAAGCUCUCCCCCGAGCCUGUCAAAAAGCUGUACAACAUCCUCGAAGUCACCUUCGACCCGUUGACGCUCUGUGCCGCGGUUGCGCCCCUGUUCCGCACGCUCUCCGAGGACUCGCUGUAUGCGUCCUACCUGCCCCUCCUCCAGCGCGCCCUCCUCUCGCGUCUGCUCUCCCAGCUCUCGCAGGUGUACAGCACCAUUAAAAUUGCGCACCUCUUGUCGUUGGUUGUGCCCUUGAAGGAUGCUGGCUUGGAGGCGGCGUAUGACGCUGAACAGGUCGAGGCCUACAUCAUGGGCUGUGCUCGUCGUGGUGAGCUCAACAUCCGCGUCGACCACAAGGAGGGCAGCAUCGCCUUUGUCGAUGACGCCUUUGCCGCUGUCGAGGAGCCUGUCGCGUCCACCUCUGCCCUCGCCGAGCAGACCAUCCAACCGACCAUGUCCGAGCUCGUCCGUACCCGCCUCAGCAAGGUCGCCACCUGCCUCUACAACUCGCUCGAGAAGAUCGAGGGUCCCUCCAAGGCUGCUCAAGAACUCACCAAGGAAGAGCAGGAUGCCAAGUUCAAGGCGCUCGUUGCGGCUGUGGAGGCUGAGCGCAAGGCGCUGCAGUUGCGCCGUGCGUUGGUGGCGAGACGCCGGGAGUUGUUGAGUGAGUUGAGUGUGAGGAAGGAGAAGGAGGAGAGUAGCAGGAGGGCUGAGAUUAGUCGACGGGAGAGGGAGGAGGCGGAGAAGAGGAGGCAGGAGGAGAUCAAGAGGCGGGAGAUUGAGAAGACUAAGAGGGAAAUUGAGGAGAUUAGGGCUGAUGAAGCUAAGAAGUAUGCGCAGACUUUGGUUGAUAAGGGUAUUUUGAAGCCUAAUGAUGUCGAUAAACUCGAAAACUACGACACCGAGGGCCUCAUCACGAUCCAAGUCGCUCAGCUCGAGAAGGAGAAGAAGGAGAUGAACGAGCGUCUGCGUAUCAUCGCCAAGCGUAUCGACCACAUCGAGCGUGCGUACCGUAAGGAAGAACGACCCCUCCUCGCACAAGACUACGAGCUCCAGCAGAAACUCGACAAAGAGCUCUUCAUCAACACCCAAAAGGCGCACAAGGAAGCCGCGCGGCUUGCCCACCAGGAGACUGUGGACGCCAAGCACCGACUUGCGAGGAUGCGGGCGGAUUAUGAGGCCAAGAAGGCUGAGAUCCUUGAGAGGAAGGGUGGGGAGUACCAGAAGAAGCUGGAUGCUGCCAAGAAGAAGAUUGAGGCUGAGAAGGAGAAGAGGAGGGAGGCUGUGUUUAAGGCUCGGGAGGAGGAGAGGCAGAGGAAGGAGAUGGAGGAGGCUGAGGCCCGUGCUCGAGAGGAGGAGGAGAGGCGCUUGGAAGCUGAACGCGAAGCCGAGGAAGCUCGUCGCCGCGAAGAGGAAGAGCGCCGCGCCGCAGAGGAAGAGGCUGCUCGUAUCAAGGCCGAAGAAGAAAAGGCUGCUCUCCGCAAGCAACGCGAGUUGGAGCGACAAGAGGCUUUGGAAAAGGCCCGUCUCCAGCAACAGCGCGAGGAGGAAGCCGAGGCCAGACGUGCUGCCCGUCGUGCCGAGGAGAAGGAGCGGGAGAGGGCUGCUGCACUCGGCCGUCGCCCCGCCGUCGCUGCGCCCACUGCUCUCCGGGCCUCCGCCUCUAUGGGCAAGGAGGAGGGUGUGUGGAGAAGGUCGACCCCCGUCAACUCGGGCCCUCCUACCCCCUCGCGUGCCUCCGGCCCUGGAACCCCCAUCGCGCCUACGCGCUCUGAGAGCCCCACGCCCGCCGCUGCUGGCAAGUACCGCCCUGGCGCCCUCGCCGCCGCUGGAGGCGGAUGGCGUGCUAGGAUGGAGGCCAAGGAGCGCGCUGCUGCUGAAGGCGGAGGAGCUGGAUCUGGAGGAAGUGGUGCUAACACCCCUGCUCGUGCUGCGUCGCCUGCGCCGAGAAAGGAGGAACCCAAGCAGGAUGAUGAUGGGUUUACUACUGUUAGUAAGCCUGGUGUCUGGCGUCCUAGACGUGGAAGGGGUUAGGCUAUUUAUGUCGCGUUAUGUUAGUACUACUACUACUGCUGUUGUUGUCUCAAGGCCGUUUCCAACGUUCAACUUCCUCCCCUCGUGUCUCUCUUUCUUCUGUGUCAUUCGUUGAUUACCAGAUGCAUGCAUUCUUGCGAUGUCUUUUUCAUUGGAUGAUUUUGCAUUUUUUUGUACAUUUCUUUUUACCUUUUAUGCUAUUUUCCCGUUUCCCUCUCUC